AGAAGAUCUCACCCCUACCACGCCAGAAUACUUUAUUAAAUGUCCACAAUGCCAGAAAGGAUGCCAGACCUUCCAAGCGCUCAAAGAGCACAUGGAAUGUGCCCAUAUGGACCUUUCCAGUGUAUCUGAAGCUAGCGGUAUGACCGUUCCCAACGCCGUAUCCCCAACUCCGUCGUUGGCAGGUACCGGAGGUCCUUUUGGGUGUUCUCAAUGUACGACUACCUUUAGCUCGAAGGACCAAUUAGAAAAGCACGAAUUGCUGCAUUCACCAAAUGCACAAGUAUCCUGCAAAGUAUGCAACAAAACCUUUGCCAAUGUUUACCGUCUCCAAAGACACAUGAUUAGUCAUGAUGAAAGCGCAGUUCUUAGAAAAUUUAAAUGCACGGAAUGUGACAAGGCGUUCAAAUUUAAGCAUCACCUUAAAGAACACAUUAGAAUCCACAGUGGAGAGAAGCCCUUCGAAUGCGGCAACUGCGGCAAACGUUUUUCCCACUCCGGAUCCUAUUCUAGUCACAUGACAUCGAAGAAAUGUCUAGUAAUGAAUGUUAAGUUAGGACGAACUAGAGCUCCGCCAAAUAGUUCCUUAUUAGAUAAGAAUAAUCAACAAAAUUUGAGAGGACCAAAGAGGCCCAAUAUUAGUCCCAUUAACAAUAACAUCACAACCAGUCCCAAUCACAACUCUUAUUUACCUAUCCUUCCCAAAUACCCGGAAGCAGCUGCUGCUUUUCUACAGUCCUCUCUUACUGGAAAUCCCAGUAUUCCUCCCUUCUACUUGGCGCCUCCUAGUCUUUUAAAUACACAUCCUAUUAGCCAUUACUCAAUGCCUUCAUUGAGCCAUCUUUUGGAACAGCUUCAGCAGCAACACCAGCAACAGCAACAGAGCCAGAGUCCAAUGAGGCCAUCUUUUAUUGAAAACUGUGAUAGUCCUAGACAAACAGAAACGAAUCCUAACUUCGAGAAUUCCAGUAACCAUUCUGAAAACAACGAUCAUCGUCCGCCUUCAAAUGCUUCCGAGAGUGGCGAUUUAGUGAUGGACGAAGACGCAGAAAUAGACAACGAAACAAAAACUCAAAAUGAAAAUCAAACUAAUACUGGUGACUUAGAAGCUGUGAAAAGAAUAUUAGAAACUGUAAAUGCAACGGUUACCAAAGAACUAUUACAAGCUAACAUGCAGAAAAUAACCUCAGAUAGUUCUAGUGAAUGUCAUAGUGUCGCUUCGGUUCACUCCCCGAAACCAACUCCAAAAUGUAGUACUUGCAAAAAAUUAUUCGAUACUCAGCAACAUUUAGAACAACAUGAAUGUGAAGAUAUUAAAAGUGAGGGACUUGCGGCAAAAUUGGAAGGUGCGUUUACGACAAAAUCCGAAGAUGCUCAAAAUGGUAGCAUUAGUGGAGAAGACCAAGAGUAUGAAAGAAAUUAUAACACAAACGACGAAUUAGAUUCCGAAUCUUUUGCAACAACAGAUCACGUCUCAGAAGAUGGACGAAAAGUUCGAGUUCGAUCGCUCAUUUCCGAUGAACAGCUCAAGGUUCUAAAAGACAACUACAAAUUAAAUCCUAGGCCAAAACGAGAAGACUUAGAAAAAAUUGCAUCAAGUAUAGGCUUUCCUGUUAGAGUAGUGCAAGUGUGGUUCCAAAAUACACGAGCUAGAGACAGGAGAGAGGGAAAAUUGAUUCAAGUUCCGUACAGUCCAUUACCAACCUCACCUCGGUUUAAUUUACCACCAAAACCCCCUGUGAGCGUGUCUCCAAAUCAGUACAUCUGUGAACAACCUCUAGAUUUGUCGAUCAAGAGAGAUGUUACAUCACCGGAAUCUUCACCGUCUAGUUCGCCCUGUAGGCCGUCUCCAGACACCAACGACGAAGUAGUUAAUCUUAGCAGGAAAAACUCGAGAAGCCCUACACCGUACUUGCCCUUUCAAAACCACUACCACAACUCCAAUUCUUCAGAACCUCGACAAUCUCCAUCACCUUUAGAAUUGAACAGCAGUCGGCUGGCACAGAUUUUGGCUCAGCCUUCCCAUAAACUCUCAUUACCAGGUAUGGGAUUAGUUCCUAUGGACCAGCUAAUGCAAUUCGGAGGUACUGAUCUUCCUAGUCUUUCCCAGUUAAUAAGCAGUAGGAUAUCCAAUAUGAGUCCAAGUGAAAAAAGGGCCUGGGUAGAAGGCCGGGACCUUACUAGUGAUAUGACUGAGGAUGAGUUAUCACAAGCUACAAAAAGAAGCAAAAUAUCUCAAUUUGUAUUUAAGAGUCUUGGAAGUCCAGUUUUGGGAAACCAGGAGUUAGAAGCAGAGGGGCAAUUCACUUGUGAUCAGUGUGACAAAGCGUUUUCCAAACAGAGCUCACUGGCCAGGCACAAAUAUGAGCAUUCAGGUCAACGUCCCCAUAAGUGCGACGAAUGCCCUAAAGCUUUCAAACACAAACAUCACCUUACCGAACACAAACGUCUUCACAGCGGGGAGAAGCCUUUCCAAUGCAGCAAAUGUCUCAAGCGAUUCUCGCAUUCAGGAUCUUACAGCCAGCACAUGAAUCAUCGGUAUUCCUACUGUAAACCUUAUAGAGAGUAA